AGUUUACCUCAAAGUUGUUUCGUAUUAUAACGAAAUAUGUGUAUUUAAUAUAGAAUGACAAUGUGUAAUGGAAUUUUCAAUGGUUAUAGAUUAAAGUUUACAGUUUUAUUAUAUUCCGCUUGCAUUAUAAUGUAAUGGUCUAAUCAUAUUUUAAUCAUCUCUCUAAGCAUAAGCACAAAUGCAUUGUACCGUCAACACUACUUGUAUAAUGUUUUAGUAUAUUCUACUUGUAUUGACAAUGUUUAAAUUUAUAAGUUCGUAGCUCGCACAUAUUCAGUGAUGGCACUAAGUGGGAGAGUAUGUCGUUCGCGCACUGGAUCUACCCCUUCUACCUGUGAUGCGACGGAGCCAGCAUCGCCGUCACAUGUUGCAUCGCAGGCGUCUGAUCCCUCAGUCAUGCAUACACCGGGCACUGCAUGUAAGUCUAGACAUAUAUUUCUUUUAAUGAUUUCUGUUUAUGUUUAGACUUACAUAUUUUUUUUGCAAUAGCGUCAUCGACCAACCGACGAGGUCGUGGACCCACGCGUCAGUUGCUUUUAGAGCGACUUACCCGCGAGGGUAGGGUGACGGUAGAGUUCCCACAGGACUGCAUUAGACCUGUUGGGAACAAUGUCAGACUGUUUACGUCGGAGGUCGGUGUCUUAUGCCGAUCUCUGAUCCCCCCACCACCCCCCGCUGGGGAGACGUGACAGAUGAUGUGCGGCAGCUCAUCCGUCAGCGCUUUCAGGAUAAAUUUGACUUGAAUUUGAGUGUUCCGCACAUUUUCAAUGCCAUCGACGACAUGAUCAAGGAGCGGUUCAAGGAGUACCGCUCCGUGUUACACAAGCGGUGCAUGAGCCACGAGGAGGCCGCACUGUCCGCACCGCCGCACGUGACCGAUGAUGACUGGCGGAUACUUUGCGAUAGAUUUUCGUCUGAUUCUUUUCAGAAGAGGAGCAAAAAUAAAUUCCAACAACAGGGAAAAGUUAGAAGUGAACCACAUAGCUGGUUCAAAGUCAUUUGCAGAAAUUCGUCACAACAUGCGAGAUUCCGUCACUGACCAGGAACCUGGACCAGUAGACCUCUACAGAGGGACUCACUGUCAACAGGCGACAGGAUCUUGGGUACAUCCUAGAGCCGACGAGAUUUGG